AUGGGUGCAAUUGAGGAUGCGAUUGAAUAUUUGAAUUUCUUGGAAGAAGGCGAACAGAUGACACCCACCUUGACUGCAAAAAUGCUUGGUGUUAGUUGUUCAACGCUCUCGAGAAGAUACCGAGGUGUUACGGGCUCAAAAGAGGAGCAAUACGACAAUCAACGAUUACUCAAUAACCAACAGUCUCAAAAGCUUAUACAAUGGAUAGAUAUGCUCUGUGAGCACGGUAUACCACCUACGCCUUCAAUGAUUGCAAAUUCGCCCCGGAAAAAGCUGGGUUUCUCGCUGGUUAAAGAAGCGUCCAAAUGCGUUGAUUUCUCGCUAUUCUACGGGCAUUGA